UUCUACAUCAGAACAAAUCAACAGUCAACAGUGACAGUAGUGCGUAAUACAAGAAUGGAAAGUGGGUGCAGGAGUGAUCCAGAACCACGAAGAUGGAAAAAUAAAGAUAGUGGAGAGCAAGAACAAAAGUCUUCCAGUUGCUCAGAACCUGAAAACAAGAAAACAGGAUCCCGAAAAAUGUUCCCCUGUCCUCAGUGUGGAAAGAGCUUUACACAAAAAGGAAACCUUAGGAUUCACUUUAGGAUUCACUCUGGAGAGAAGCCUUUUGAAUGUCAUCUGUGUGACAAGAGUUUCGCAGAUCCAAGAAAUCUGAGAGAUCACCGGCUCUCUCACUCUGGAGAAAGAGUGUUCGACUGUGAUCAGUGCGGCAAAAAAUUUAUGUUUGCUGCACACCUGAAGAGACACCUGAGAAUCCAUACAAAUGACAAACCAUACUUGUGCUCCAUUUGUGGACAGAGUUACUCACGCAUGGACCAUUUUAAAGAGCACCAGAAAUUGCAUGCCAAUGUGCGAGCACAUGUGUGCUCUGAGUGUGGGAGUUCCUUUAAUUUAGCCAGCCACUUGAAAGACCACCAAAAACUUCACACUGGAGACAAACCUUACAAGUGUUCACACUGCGGAAAGAGUUUCUCGCAGUCAGGAUCCAUGAAAAAACAUGAGAGGAUUCAUACAGGAGUGAAGCCAUACAUUUGCUCUUCCUGCGGGGGAAACUUCUCUCAGUCAAGUGCCCUGCUGAAUCAUAUAAAAAAACAUUGCCCAAAGUUGUCAAAGUGAGGAAAAAAAAUUAUAAGAGCAGUUUCAUCAAAGUGGAUCAUACAAUAACUGUAGUGAUAAAGUUUGUGCAUUUGUUUUUUUUUUACUAGAACUCACUCGUUCAGUAUUAUUGACAUGAACAAUCGUGUUAAUCUUUAUAUCACUGUUAAAUAAAACACUAUCCUGAUCUGUUCAUAUUUUACAAUUUUGUUUGUUCUUCCAAUAAAAAUGUUAAUUAUC